UGGGGUCGGCCGCGCCGCUUCGGAGCAUCUGAGUCGGUCUCAUUUUGGCGGAUUUGGCACGAAAAGUCGAGAUCUCUCGUAUGUGGUUUUUGGAGUCGUCGGUUUGGAGGCGAAAGGCAGAAAAGGGCCACUUGAGGAUUUCUCGGGUUGGAAAGGAAAGCGCAGACGCAGGCUUUCCCCAUCAGCCGAGCUUUCCCGAAGGAGCCUAGCUCCGAGCAACAACCCACCCGAAGGAAUCCAGCAGCCAACCAGCGAAUCGCACUGGGAAUUUGUCUAGAGGUGGACCAAGAGCUUCAAAUCAUCAUCGCUGUCCGUUGACUCCGAACAGCCUCAGUUACGCCUCAGUUCCCAUCGAUAUUUGGGUUCUAGCGACCACCAUUCUUGACCGACGUCUUGCAACGAUACACCGAAUAAGACUUUAAGCACAUCACAUCAAAAUGGCGGCCGCUGCGAGAGCCCUCAACUUCAUGUACCGCAUGGCGGUCCCCGCUUCAGCUGUCGUCUUCCUAGGCAGUCAGUCCAUAUACGACGUCAAGGGAGGAACUCGGGCUGUCAUCUUCGACAGAUUGUCUGGUGUCAAGGAGACCGUCGUCAAUGAAGGAACCCAUUUCCUUGUUCCCUGGCUGCAGAAGAGCAUCAUCUUCGACGUCCGCACUAAGCCCAGGAAUAUCGCAACAACGACAGGCAGCAAGGAUUUGCAGAUGGUUAGCUUGACACUGAGAGUGCUGCACCGACCAAAUGUCAAGGCUCUCCCCAAGAUUUACCAGAACCUCGGUGCCGAUUACGAUGAGCGAGUCCUCCCCUCUAUUGGUAACGAAGUCUUGAAGGCUAUCGUCGCCCAGUUCGAUGCCGCAGAGCUGAUCACCCAGCGAGAGGCUGUCUCUGAGCGAAUUCGAAACGACCUUACUCUCCGUGCUGCCGAGUUCAACAUCGCUCUUGAGGAUGUUUCCAUCACCCACAUGACCUUCGGACGUGAGUUCACAAAGGCUGUCGAGCAGAAGCAGAUCGCCCAGCAAGAUGCUGAGCGAGCACGAUUCAUCGUCGAGCGUGCUGAGCAGGAGCGCCAAGCCAACGUCAUCCGCGCCGAGGGUGAGUCCGAGUCCGCUGAGGCUAUCAGCAAGGCCAUCCAGAAGGCUGGUGACGGCCUCAUUCAGAUUCGAAAGAUCGAGGCCAGUCGCGAGAUUGCUGCUACUCUUUCUUCAAACCCCAACGUCGCCUACCUACCUGGUGGAAGCGGAAAGCAGGGUGGCCAGUACCUGUUGUCAGUGGGCAGGGCUUAAAGUAACGGACUUUGUAUAAUGUGAAGGAUAUUGAGGAAAUGACAGGGAAAUCCCCGCUUAUCGUUGGCGAUGAAAGCAGUUAUUCAUGAGCGCCAACUAUGUAUUUCUAGAACGAGACCAGACGGGAAUGUCAACCCUAUCUCGCAAUGUAUAAUCGCCGGUGGCUUCACGGCUUCUCCCGUUCCAAAACAGCAAUAACUAAGCUGAGCAGUGACCAAAUCCAGAACACCUCAAUAUCUAUGAUGCCAAUGCUCUCCAGUACCAUGAAUUUUCACAUGUGUAUUCACCUGUCUUGAAUAUGGUUCCCAGGCUCAAGAACUAUGCCUCAAUGAACGCCUCCGUCAGUCCUGA